GUGCAACUACGAUGGAUGGAAGAGGCGGUGACGUUGAUGAAGCCAAUUCAGCUACCAGACUUCGACAUGGUUCAUUACGAGACUAAAAAGGAGAACCUACUCUAUCCAAAUGGUUACUGGGAUCAAUUACAGGUUGUUUUCACAUUCAAACGUCGCUAUGGUUUCUACAUUAUUCAAGCCUAUGUUCCCACAUAUCUUACGAUAAUCGUUUCCUGGGUGUCGUUCUGCAUGGAACCAAAAGCCUUGCCAGCACGAACCACUGUUGGCAUCUCCUCGUUACUAGCUUUGACAUUUCAGUUUGGGAAUAUCCUCAAAAACCUGCCUCGUGUUUCUUAUGUUGUCAAACCGUAG